AUGAAUGGAAGAAAGGUGCGCAUAAUAGUCCUAUCGAAAAUUCUCAAGGUCAUUGAAUCAAUCAUUCUAACAUCAUUGCCCUCUUUCACAGUCAACUUCUUUGAAAGAAGUAAAAUUCAGAUACGUUCUUUAGGCCAAAAAUGA